CAAUCCCAGACAGACUGAUGGAGGAAAAUUUUAAAAUUAGCGCGGUGUUUGCUCAUUUUGCUUGUAUUAAAACUCUUUAAGGGUUUCAUAUUUGUAUGUAGUUGUAUGUCUGCAGUAACGUAACUGAUAACGUGAUGUCUACAAAGAAACUGGCCAAAGAGCUUGGAUUACUGAGGCAGCGCAGUCAGUCCUCACAUGGAUCAAAGAAAUCACCUUUAUCAAAUCAAACAUUUUCCUACCUGAUUGUAAUCGAUUUUGAGUCAACCUGCUGGAAAGAGAAAAACAACUAUGGGCAGGAAAUAAUUGAGUUUCCUGCUGUUCUACUGAACACAUCCACAGGGGAGGUCGAGUCUGAGUUUCACACAUAUGUUCAACCCCAAGAACACCCGAUUCUGUCCGAUUUCUGCACUGAGCUGACUGGGAUCACACAGAUGCAAGUUGAGGCAGGGGUGCCCCUUCAGAUCUGCCUAUCACGGUUCAGUCGCUGGCUGCAAAAUCUUCAGGCUGAGAAGGGUGUUGUUUUUCCCAAAAAACAACAGAAAUCCUCUGCAACUUCACCUUCUCAAAAACUGUGUGCUUUUGUCACAUGGUCAGACUGGGAUCUUGGAGUUUGUUUGCAGUAUGAGAGUAAAAGGAAACAGCUGUAUAAACCUGAUGUGCUCAACAGCUGGAUCGACCUGAGAAGCACCUACAGGCUGUUUUACGACAGGAAACCUAAAGGCUUGAACGGGGCUCUACAGGAUCUUGGAAUACAGUUUUCAGGAAGAGAACAUUCUGGUUUGGAUGAUGCCAGAAAUACGGCUCAUUUGGCUGCGAGGAUGAUGAGAGAUGGAUGUGUGAUGAAGAUCACCAGGAGUCUGGUGAAGAACCCAGUAGUGGAGAAACCUGUGUAUGGGAGUACAACUGCAGACAGCAAGAAAGAGAAAAACAACAGCAAUAGAGGGGGAAACAUUCAUCCCUCAUCAUGCAAGAUGCCAUCAAAAUUGUCUCAUAUGAAACCAUGUGUAGAAAAAGCUACAAAAGAUUUAGAUACAAAGGAGGAUUCAACUUCAGUCUGUCAAAGCCUCAUCUCACCAAAAACUUUGCUACAUGGAAUGACAAAGCCUGCGCGGGGACACAGCAGGAGGUCUGUGGCAGCUGAGGCUGUCACUAAUAUUUCCUCUUCAGUUUUGAUCAAUCCACCGAACAAUAACAUCAACAACAGCAGCCUUGUUCUGUGCUCGACUACUGUGGCCUGCCUUUCAAAUCUGCCUCAGAUAAACCAGCACUCGAACACAGCAGCAGUCAGUGGUUUGGAGGAAGAGGAGGGUGCAGAACUUUUUGUGGAAGGAGAAGACAGAUAUGGCUCUUAUGAUGAUGUGGUUUUGGAGGGUGACGAGUCUAUUUGUGAAACAGAGGGAGUGCUGGAUGCUGAGUAUGUGGCAGGUUUUGACAGUGAAUAUCAUCCCUGGGAGGAGCCUGGUAACAGCCAUUCAGCACAAAGCCAGGAUGAUAAAGGAGAGACAGUGAGUGUUGACAACAACUUUAAAAUGCCACGGAUGCCAAAUGAAUCAUCGAAAACUUUCUUUUGUGCAAAUAAUAUGAGCUCCAGAGUUGUUGUUGGCAAAGGAGGCAGGCAGGAUUCAACAAUCUCAAAAUCCAGUUUUGAGUUUCUGGUGCCAAAACCUCCAGACUCCAAAUCAAGCCAGCUCAAAACAGGAUUUAAAACCUCUUUACAAGUUCAAGAAAAGUCAAACAAAAACAAUACAAACUCAAAACUAAACACACCAUUUCCAUUCAGGCGCCAAUUCUUCAUCCCAGAGAAGACCUCCACUCCUCACACUUCAUUCGCCAAACCCAAACCAGUCUCCACCAAACCCACAAAGCACACAGAGACUCCAAAGUCUUCUUUUGCGAUCUACACUGACCCAGAAAAACCAUCGUGUUCCUCCAUGUGUGGCUCCUUCUCUGCCCCCAAAAGUGUCCUUUCCUCUUUGUCGACAAACACCCCCUCCUCACGUAUGAAUCAGUCCAUAAUUUCUGGGACAUUUAAAGGACAGAAGAUCACAUCCCCUCUGUGUGCAUGCGGGCGCCGAGCAAAACGUCAAGUUGUAUCAAAUGGUGGUCCCAACCACGGGAGAGGGUUUUAUUGCUGUCCAGUCCGCCGGUCAGGCAGUGGAGGGAGCUUCAAGAAGGGAUGUGAGUUUUUUAAGUGGGAGUCGGCUGUGAUGAAGAGCAGCUCAGUGUCUUCUCCUGCUGUCAGGUCUUCAGUCUCACUCUGUCGGAUGAACUCCACCUUGAACUGUGGUCCAAGUCACAGGUCAAUGAUACGAAAGAGCUACUGACCUUUGAGAGAGAACCAGGGUAUAUGGUGAAUGGAACAAUUGAUUUUUAAAAUUACUGCCACAAAGACUAGAUUUGUUACAUGUGUCAUCUCUUAAGAUAAUGUUAAAAAAAAAAGUUAAAAUUGUAGAGGGGUAUGAACUGAAAGCAAUACUAAUAAUCAAAGAUGCCAUUUUUAUGGACAUAGAGAAUGCUUCAUUUAAUCUAUGUAUUCGAUAUUUAGAAACAAUAUUGGAUUUAAUGAAGCCAAACUGCUCCUAAUGAAUUAAUUUCAUGUAUUUUCAUCAUCACAAAUGGAAUACAUCUGAGUGUAGGUCUAUUUAAUACAGCUAGUCAAACAUGGCCUGAAGGAAUGUAGACAAUGAAA